UAAAAUGCAAGCCGAUCCAUCUCGGCAUGGCCAGGUUGCAAUGCAUCAGUACCUCAUAUUGGUGCGUGAACGUUAAGUCAAACUUGUUUCGCCCUCCAUUCCCUCUUCCUAUCUCAUCUCGUCGUCUCACUCUUCUAAGACCAACUUCUCUCUUCUCAAGAAGACUUUCAGCCUCUUUAGCCAUGGAUGAUUCUAAAUCUGGCCCAAUAAAGGAAAUGCCACUGGGAUUAGAUGCUGCAACGGAGGAAGAAUAUGCUUCACAAUCUAAGCUACUUCAAGAGUUUUCUAGUAUCUCCAACAUUGACAAGGCAUGGAUUUUCAAGUCCGAUGGUGGAAUAGGUUCUCAGGCAAUGUUUUCAAUUAGCCAAGCAAAUCUUUUGGCAAACAAGAGGAGGAAAUGUAUUAUAUCUGCUCAUAUAUCUCAAGAAACUAAGGGUACAGUAAGCUUUCAAUGGGCCCCAUUUCCUGUUGAGAUGACAGGAGUUUCUACAAUUGUUCCAUCACCAUCAGGUUCAAAGCUUCUUGUACUUCGCAACCCUGAAAAUGAGUCUCCUUCGAAAUUUGAAAUUUGGGGUUCAUCUCAGUUGGAAAAGGAGUUUCACAUUCCUCAAUCUGUUCAUGGCCCAGUAUAUACUGAUGGAUGGUUUGAGGGGGUUUCUUGGAAUUCUGAUGAAACUCUUAUUGCAUAUGUUGCUGAGGAACCGUCCCCCUCCAAGCCCACGUUUAAUGACCUUGGCUACAAGAAAGGUGGUUCCACCGAUAAGGAUUGCGGCAGCUGGAAAGGUCAAGGGGAUUGGGAGGAGGACUGGGGAGAAACCUAUGGAGGAAAAAGGCAGCCUGCGCUUUUUGUCAUCAAUAUUAACAGUGGAGAGGUACAGGCUGUUAAAGGAAUUGAGAAGUCUUUGAGUGUUGGCCAAGUUGUGUGGGCUCCAUCAACUAAAGGCGCGUGUCAAUAUUUGGUUUUUGUUGGGUGGUCGUCGGAUACAAGAAAGCUUGGUAUAAAGUACUGCUAUAACAGGCCCUGUGCAUUAUAUGCAGUUAGGGCACCGCUUUUUAAGUCAGAAGCCAGUGGACUUGAACUCAAAGAUGGCUCAAAUGAAGAUAUGCCCAUUGUUAAUCUUACUCAACACAUAAGCAGUGCCUUCUUUCCACGGUUCAGCCCAGAUGGAAAUUUCCUGGUGUUUUUAAGCGCAAGAAGUUCUGUGGAUUCUGGGGCACAUUGCGCUACAGAGUCGCUUCACAGAAUUGAUUGGCCAACCGAUGUAAAGCUGUGGCCGUCUGCCAAAAUCGUUGAUGUGAUUCCUGUUGUGAUGUGUGCUGAUGAUGGUUGCUUCCCGGGGCUGUACUUUUCAAGUGUCCUUAGCGAUCCAUGGCUUCCUGAUGGGUGCACUAUGAUUAUAUCUUCCAUAUGGGGCAGCAGUCAAGUAAUACUUUCUGUGAAUGUGUUGAGUGGGGAAGUGUUACGUAUCAGCCCUGCCGAUUCGAAUUUUUCAUGGGAUGUUCUUACACUGGAUGGGAACAAUAUUGUUGCUGUGUCUAGCAGUCCAGUAGAUGUUCCUCAAAUCAAGUAUGGUUGCAUUGUUGAGAAAGCAAAUAAGGCUGCUGCAUGGAGUUGGUUAGACGUAUCAAGUUCCAAAUUUAAGUCCUCUGAGAAGGUUAAAUCUUUGCUCUCAUCUCUUCAGUUCAGUAUAAUGAAGAUACCAGUCAAGGAUGUUUCUGAUGGCCUCACAAAAGGUGCUAGCAAACCUUUUGAAGCAAUUUUUGUAUCUUCCAACUCCAAGGAAAGUGAUGCUUGUAAUCCACUAAUCGUUAUUCUUCAUGGAGGCCCGCAUUCCGUCUUGAUAUCAAGCUUUUCAAAGUCCCUGGCAUUUCUUUCUUCAAUUGGAUACAACUUAUUGAUUGUAAACUAUAGAGGUUCAUUGGGAUUUGGUGAAGAAGCAUUGCAAUCUCUUCCAGGGAAAGUUGGGUCUCAGGAUGUCAAUGAUGUACUCACAGCAAUAGAUCAUGUAAUUGACAAGGGACUGGCCAGUCCAUCAAAAAUAACUGUACUUGGUGGUUCCCAUGGUGGCUUUCUGACAACCCACUUGAUUGGCCAGGCGCCAGAUAAGUUUGUUGCUGCAGCUGUGAGGAAUCCUGUCUGUAACAUUGCAUUGAUGGUUGGUACAACAGAUAUUCCUGAUUGGUGCUAUGUGGAGGCCUUUGGAAUCAAGGGGAAAUAUAGCUUUACUGAAGCCCCUCCAGCUGAACAACUGACUCUCUUUCACAGCAAGUCUCCUAUUUCACACCUCUCAAAGGUCAAAACACCAAUCCUUUUUCUUUUAGGUGCUCAGGAUCUCCGUGUUCCAGUUUCUAAUGGAUUGCAAUAUGCCCGGGCCCUUAAAGAGAAAGGUGGUGUCGUUAAAGUCAUUGUGUUUCCCAAUGAUGCUCAUGGAAUUGAAAGGCCACAAUCUGACUUUGAAAGCUUUCUUAAUAUUGGGGUUUGGUUCAGGAAGUAUUGUAAAUGAGCAGGCCUUGCCCAACUGUGUUGUACCUAUGGGUUUUAUGUCCAAAUGUGAAGUAUUGAAUGUUUUAAUGACUUAAAAGGGUAUGGAAUCCACUUAUAAUCAAAUUCUUUGCCUUGA